CGUUGCGCAGUUUAAACAACCCAAAAUGACUCUCCUUCAACGAAUGCUGUUAGGCGACGAUGACGAUCCCUCAGGGAGCGCUCAUGACAACGAUUUCUUGUUCACGUUGUAUAUAUGCAUAUCCUUGUUCCUCGUGGUCAUGGCCGGUCUUAUGAGCGGCCUUACCCUUGGGUUAAUGUCGCUGGAUACAGUGGAGCUGGAGGUUCUUAAGCGUAGCGGUACACCAGAGGAGCGGGCUUGUGCUAUCAAGAUUAUGCCGGUGAUCAAGCACCAGCACUUCCUGCUUGUUACUCUUCUUCUCUGUAACGCGGCAGCGACCGAGGUAAUGCGAAAUCCAUCAUCGGUCGGGCUCCAUAAUGCAAGGGCUGAAGCCCGUCCUGGGUAAGGGGGCGUCCAUACUUGCGGUAUGCAACAUGUCUAACUUUUCGCGGUGCCUCGUGUAACCUGCAGGCUUUACCCCUCUUCAUCGACCGAUUAGCCAACCCCGUCAUGGCAGUAAUUCUUUCCGUGUCGGUGGUGCUUGUCUUCGGGGAAAUCCUGCCACAGGGUAAGGGGACUUCGGUCGUCCUUUCUCUCCGCAAUGUCAACAACCCAACCCCUUCCCCUUCAUCCCUGGGCACCCGUCUCCGGGCCCCUCGCCCCUCGCCCCACACUCCAUACCUGCUCCCCCCCUCCUCCCUUCCCUUCCUCCC